AUGGCUUCCGCCGUCGACGACUCUCCCAUGCACACGCCGCCCGGCCCUGACGUGCCGCGACCCAAAGGUAUUCUAAAACAUUCUGGCUCGCACAGCUCGGCCACCGGCGAUGCCCGUCCGCCUCUCCGUCAGCGUUCCAUGAGCAAAGAAAUCACCCUCGAGAACACAAACUUCAACGCCGGCCACCGCCGCUCGUCAUCCGCCGCCCGAAUCACCGCCUCCCGCCGCCACUCGGCCGCCAACGCCGGCGAGUCCGAGCCCUCGCAGCGCCUCAAGUGGGACGAGGUCAACCUGUACCUGACCGAGCAGGAGCGCACCUCGACCAUGAAGAUUGACGAGCCCAAGACUCCCUACGUCAAGCAAUAUGAUCCUGCCGAAGAUCCGUCCGACGACGAGUACCAAGCCGACGAAGCCGCCGCCCUCGGUGACCACGCCCAGGCUUCUCCUGCGGGUGCUCAUCGUCUCCCUAAAGCUCCACGCGCGCGUGCUGAGGAUGACAUUCCGGGCCUUUCGCUCGGCGAACCGGAGGAAGAGGUCCCGGCGUGGUCGGAGGGCUGGGACGCUGAGGAUGGCGCUUCGCAUGCGGCGUCCCCCCGAGCCCCCUCGGAGAAGAGCGUGCAUCUGGAGGAGGACACCGUCGCCUCCUCCGCCGAGGACGCGCUGGUGGGCGCGUCGCCCGAGGAGGUCGAGAAGCACCACAAGUUUGAGGAGCUCCGCAAGAAGCACUACGAGAUGCGCGACGUGGCGCAACUACUGGGCAACCCGGAGAUGCUCCCCGACGACGAAGACGACGACGACGAAGACGAAGGAGAGAAUGCGGUUCCUCCCGUCCCGCGCAUUCCCAAUGGUCUUUCAUAG